AUGGUUCCCAACGUUGGAUUGAUCUUCAAGAAAGUGCCGGAAGCAUUCCCGGUCAUUGGAGAGCAUUUGGACGUCGAGACCAGGCAGUUCGAUCUCAACACCGAACCUCCCGAGGGAGGGCUGACGGUGAAGAACCUCUACAUCUCAUUCGACCCUUAUCAGCGAGGUUGCAUGCGCGAGCCUGACAAUGCGACUUGGGCGCCGCCAUUCGCCCCAGGGCAGCCAAUCAUCAGUGGCGCCGUUUCUAAGGUCCUCAAGUCGGCGGUGCUGGACUUUCAAACAGGCGACCUCGUAUGGGGCAUGGUCGGCGCUGAAGAAUACUCGGUUGUGCCUCCGUUCUUGCUGCCAUUCGUGCGAAAGUUGCAGAACCCCCUCGGCUUGGACACAGUCCUCUUCACCGGCGCUCUAGGCACGGCGGGUCUAAGCGCAUACGCGUCGUUCUACGAGAUUGGCAAGCCCCAAAAGGGGCACACCAUCUUCAUCUCAGCUGCGAGCGGCGGAGUGGGCCAGGUCGUUGGCCAACUUGCCAAGAUGGAGGGCCUAAAGGUCAUCGGAAGCGUUGGUAGCGAUGAGAAACUGAAGUUCAUCAUCGACGAGUUGGGUUUCGAUGCCGGUUUCAACUACAAGAAAGAGAAUGUGUCGGAGGCACUGCAGCGGCUGGCCCCAGAGGGGCUGGACAUCUACUACGACAAUGUCGGGGGUGAGACAUUAGAUGCUGCGCUGGCAGUAAUGAAGGAUUUUGGAAGAAUAGUCGGAUGCGGGAUGAUCAGCCAGUACAACCUGCCCCAGGAAGAGAAGUAUGGCAUCAAGAAUAUGAUGAAUCUCUUCCUCAGGCGCCUCACCAUCCAGGGAUUCAUCAUAUCCGACCCGCAGUUUGUGGGCAAAUAUGCCGUGGAAUUCUUCACUAAGAUGAGCGUGUGGCUGAAAGAAGGGAAGAUCAAGACGAAGGAGAGCGUUACGGUCGGUAUGCAGAAUGCGGCCGCCUGCUAUUUGGGUAUGUUCACGGGAGCAAAUUUCGGCAAGACAGUGUUGAAGGUUUCGGACGAGGAAUGACUUUGGCGUACUGAUCUGGGAACGAGAGCCGCCGCGCGUAGUAGACCGUAGAGUAGCAGAGUAGGUACCAAGUCGGAGGGAUUAUUGCAAUGCGCAAGGCCAUAGUGUAGCACAUUUCAAGUAGCUCUUCCUGUACCACGAAACCCCGCGUGACCGAGCUCUUCCAGCGCCAAU